GUGAUCCCUCCGGGCUCAAGUUGCAAGGGGGCGGGCCCGGGCCGGAGGUGGAGUCUCCCGCCAAUUGAAGCCUCGGCUAUAAAUCGAGCUCCCCGUACAGCCAAAGCCCAGAUGCCGCGCCAGGCCAACCCGAGGUUGGUGGUGGGUGAAGGUAGCGGGUCCCAGGGGGCUUCGGGGGCUGCAGCCACCAUGCUCCGCUCCCUGCUGCUUCACUCCUUGAGGCUCUGCGCCCAGACGGCCUCGUGCCUCGUGCUCUUCCCGCGCUUCCUCGGCACGGCCUUCAUGCUCUGGCUCCUGGACUUCCUGUGCAUCCGCAAGCAUUUCCUGGGCCGCCGCCGCCGGGGUCAGCCCGAACCUGCCGUGGAGCUCGACAGUGACGGCGAGGAGGUGCCCCCCGACGACCCGCCUGUCUGCGUGUCCGAUGACAACCGCCUGUGCACCCUGGCAUCGCUGAAGGCCGUUUGGCACGGCCAGAAGUUGGAUUUCUUCAAGCAGGCUUAUGAGGGCGGUCCAGCGCCCAACUCCGAGGUGGUCCUGCCCCACGGCUUCCAGAACCAGCACAUCCUUGACUACGCGAGAGGGAACCGCCCGCUGGUUCUCAAUUUUGGCAGCUGCACCUGACCACCGUUCAUGGCGCGCAUGAGCGCCUUCCACCGCCUGGUCACCAAAUACCAGCGGGACGUCGACUUCCUCAUCAUCUACAUCGAGGAGGCCCACCCCUCGGAUGGCUGGGUCACCACGGACUCCCCCUACAGUAUCCCGCAGCACCGAAGCCUGGAGGACCGGGUCAGCGCCGCCCAAGUAUUGCAGCAAGGGGCGCCCAGUUGCUCCCUUGUCCUGGACACCAUGGCCAACUCCAGCAGCUCGGCCUAUGGGGCCUACUUCGAGCGCCUCUACGUAAUCCAGAAUGGCACCAUUAUGUACCAGGGUGGCCGCGGCCCGGACGGCUACCAGGUGUCUGAGCUGCGCACCUGGCUGGAGCGCUAUGAGGAGCAGCUGCACGGCGCUCAGCCCCGCCGAGUGUAAACAACCAUGGGCCAGUUGGCUGAACUUGACAGGCCAUGCCUUCGAGCCUUCGAAGCCCACGUGCAAAUGCCCCCCAAACAAGUCGGGUGUGCAGAGGGCCCCAUGACACAGAUGUGCUGAGCCAGGGAUCGCCGGCUGGGUCUGCGCCCCUAGCCAAGGCACCUGAAAAUUCUCCCUCUCCUCCCCGGACUCUGAUGCCGUGACUGUCCCUCACCUGCACCUCCCUGGCUGGCUCGAAAUCCCCCUUCUGAGUGUGGAUGCCACCUCUGCCUGGGUCCUCUCCUCCCCCACUCGUCCCCGCGGAGGCCCCUGCUUCUCACACCCCCUCACCAGAGAGAAGAGCCACUGUGCCUUCAGCCAGGUGCAGCAGCCCUCGCGGAGAGUCUCUGGCCAGCCAUCAGUGCCUGCCACUCGCCCUAGGUGCCUGGCACCCACACCUGUCGUUGGCAGGGAGGGGGCGCUCUGCUGCUUUUGUGUCUAUUUCUUGUCCCUGAGUUGGGAAUGGGGGCUUGGGGUGGGGAAGGGUGGCCAGGGUUCCCCCCCCUUAUUUUGGGUGCUCAGGAGCCCCACUGCUGAUGACGAGCUGUCUCUAACUGGUCUUGACCACGAGCUGGUUCUGAAUUGCAGAGGGCUCGCAGCAGCGCCUGAAACGAGGGAGGGAAAGUACUCUGGGCUUCCGGGAGGAAAGCGCCACACAGGGGGUCAAAGAGGGGGGCUGGGGGUGCCGUUCGGUACCAGAGGAAGCCGGCUUGAGAGGCACUGGCGAGGUUCGCAGCGCCCCAGGGAGAAGGAAGAGGCUGGGACUCCUGGGAAACGGGGUGUGGGUGGAGGAGUCCGCGGGAAGAGAGAGAAGGGGAGCGCAUGGAGACCCCGAGUGAGGGGUCUCCUGGGCAGAGCUGCCGGCUGUGGGGCCAGGAAGUGGGAGGCCCCUGAUUCGAAGGCCAUUUUUGAGUGUUUUGCUGGAAAUACUCUCUGUAUAUAAACUUCUUUUACGCUACAAUAAUAAAAGCUUGAAGUAAA